AUGUGGACAAGAGAAUCACUGGGUUUGAGGAACACGGCCAGACUGUCGUCCUCUGUCGCCUUUGACGGUCUCCUGCUAGGGGGUGUGGUCAUUGCUGAUCUGGUAAAACCAGAAACGUCACAGGUGGUCCAAAUGCUGCAUCACAUGGGCCUGCGAGUGGCUCUCGUCACCGGGGACAACCGCAGAACUGCCCACGCUCUCGCCGAGGAGGUUGGAAUUCCGGCCCACGAGGUGUAUGCGGAACUCCUCCCCUCUCACAAGAAGAACAAGGUGUCCUCGUUACAGGAGGCGGGGCAGAUGGUUGCCAUGGUAGGAGACGGGAUAAACGACAGUCCAGCUCUGGCCCAGGCUGACGUCGGCAUAGCAAUUGGAACUGGUACUGAUGUGGCUGUGGAGGCCGCUGACAUCGUCUUAGUCAAGGAUAAUCUGAUGGAUGUGGUGGCGGCAGUAGAUCUGUCCAAGAGAACAGUCCGGAGGAUCCGUCUCAACUUCCUGUGGGCAGUGGUCUACAACCUGGUCGGGAUCCCGUUGGCUGCGGGUGUCUUUGUUCCCCUGGGACUCGUCCUCCAGCCCUGGAUGGCCAGCAUCGCCAUGGCAUUCAGCUCCGUCUCUGUCGUCUGCAACUCUCUACUGCUGAAAUGCUAUCGAAAGCCUAGACCCUCCGACAUAGCUGCCUCACAGACAACAUCACUGGGCGGAGGCCCCCUCUACUCCUCCCUCUCCCCCUCCUCCCCUGCCCGACCACGCCUACCAACCCGGGUCCUUCGUUGGUUUGGAUUCGACAUGUUGGCCAACCAUUUCCAACCUAGACACUCUGACAGGGACCCAAUCAUUUUAGUGGACAAAUGA